UGACGUUCGAAAUUCUGUAAGAAGGGCCAACUUUUUGUAUUCUAAAAGGCGAAUUGAACACACAUCACUUCUUAGCUCGCAAACGUAAUUGGAUUUCUGUCUGCCGAAACGCAUACAUUUUUUCGUCUACGUCUGCUGUUCCUGAGGCUGCUUAAAGGUACUUCGUGUUUGAGGUGACUGUUGCCGGGUAUGGGACACAUUCACUCAUCUAGCUCACUUUCCAUGGCAUUGUGACGACCGGUUGUGACCCAGAGGCCGCUAGAGACCUAGAGACAGACGGUCCACAGCCUCCACAGCGAUCCAGAGAUGUGUGCGGAAACAAUUAGAACGAUUUAGACAUUUAGACCAUUUAGACUGCGGUUGGUGAUGGUUUUGUACCAAAAUGGGUAGUAUACCUAUUAUUUCGCACGAAGUAGUGAAUCCAGUAAUAAGGUUUAUAGUUUAGUAUACCUCAAGAAAAAUGAAGAAAUACGGUUGGAAGUGGCCCAAAUUGUUUGCAGACGGCAAUGGUGUAAAACUAGGGAUGAUAUCUAAGAUGGAAGUGUUUCGACGGUUAAGUGUAAUUUUACAAAAACCAGAAAUUAUACCCCAUUUCCAGGAAACUAUGGUUUCAAAUGAAAAACAAAAUGUACCUAAGUCAUUAGCGGAUGAAUUCGAUAAAUUUGGCUUGAUGUGGCUACAUACAUUUUCCCCGUGCUUCCCGUUGGAUGGAAAUAAGAUUUCUGUCAUAAAUGAGCCCAGCAUAUUCUAUAAGACAGUAGCGGAGAAGUGCCAGACAGCCAAGCAAAGGAUAACAUUAGCAUCUUUGUAUUUGGGAACUGGUCACUUAGAGGAACAAUUGGUUGCUGCCAUUGGUGAGAACCUGAGAACAUCCAGGGGUCAGCUGAAAGUGAAAGUUUUGCUAGACUACACAAGAGGCACAAGAGGUGAACACAACUCCUGUCGCAUGCUGCAGCCCCUUCUUGCUCAGUACCAGGAUCUAUGUCAGGUGUCCCUUUAUCAUACACCAGCUCUGCGUGGGAUAUUGCGCACCCUUAUGCCACAACGUUACAAUGAAGUGAUUGGUCUACAACACAUGAAAGUUUACCUGUUUGACAAUUCACUACUCAUUAGUGGGGCAAACCUGAGUAAUGAUUACUUCACAAAUCGUCAAGAUCGUUAUGUGCUGAUAGAAGAUUGUGGUCCUCUGGCAGACUUCUAUGAUGGUCUGGUGUCUCGGGUUAGUGAAUUCUCACUUCAGCUAAGCAAAGGUGGCCAAGUACAGCUCCAUUCCAAUUGGAAAUGCCACCCAUACAAAGGGAAGAGAGAAGAAUUUGAGUCUGCAGCAAGAGACAGAGUUUGGGGUCUCUACCAGUCAGCUACGUCACAGCAACAGAGUUUUGGUGCAGGAGAUACAUGGAUUUUCCCACUUGUGGAAAUGGGGCAACUGGGAUUCCAUCAUGACAGCCGCGUCACAAAACGGCUGUUUGAGACUGCUUUACCAGGUUCCAUGAUACAUCUUGCCACAGGCUACUUCAACCUGACACAGGAUUACACUCUGUCGAUAGUCAGUCACCCUGCUGCUGCAUACAGCAUUCUCAUGGCACACCCCACUGCAAACGGCUUCCUUGGUGCACAGGGCCCUGCAGGUGGAAUCCCAGCAGGGUACACAUUGGUGGCAUCAGAAUUCUUUAAACAAGUGCAAAGAGCUGGACAGGAAAACCGCAUUCAGAUGGCAGAAUUCCAAAAACCGGGAUGGACUUAUCAUGCAAAGGGAUUGUGGUAUACUUUGCCAGGUCAUCACUUGCCCACACUGACCUUCAUUGGCUCUCCUAAUUUUGGAUAUCGGUCUGUAGGUCGAGACUUGGAAACACAAAUAGCAAUUGUGACUAAGAAUCCACAGCUACAGCAGAGUCUUUUGGAGGAGAGAGAACGACUGUUUGCCUCAGGCAGUCCAUUCAAUAGUGAAACACUGUCAAAACCCGACAGGAAGUACGCUCCACUAUGGGUUCAUAUUAUAAUGCGACUUUUCCGCAGCCUCUUCUAGCUUCUUCCAUUUGGUAAUGUGAUUUGUGAUGAGAGGAAUUGACAAAAAUGUGUUUCAGUGAACUUUAAGUUUAUGAAAUCAGGAGCCAGCAAGGAAAUUUCUGUAAUGAAUCACAUGCAUUUGAAAGAAACUAUAACUGAAGUGCAGAAGGUUGACUUCAGUUGGCAAAAUACAAUUUCCAAAUGCCUUCAUUUUGGCUUUGUUAUCUUUCAUUGCCCAUGAUUUGAAUUUAUUGCAGAGUUAAUUAAGAGCACAGAAAGUCACAUUUCACUGAAUCAUAAAUCCUGUUGGUCACAAGAUUUUUAUGCAUUAUACUUUUAGGACAGUACUCACAUAUAAGCACUGUGGGAGUAAAUAUAAAAAUAUAUUGGCACACCAGACAGCAUGGACAGGUCUUGUUUCUAGGCAGUGUGAUCAAACAUAGAACACAAAAGGAUUUGCAAUGCGUAUGGUAGAAUAAUGAGUGAAAAACUGAAAUGCAUUGCGUAUUUGCGUUAUUAAAAACAUAUUCACUUAAGAGGAGUCAUGCCUGUCCCUGCGCGUCCACAUGUCUGAAAUCAGUCACUGGAUGGGUGAUAUGAAAGUUGUCACUGGAACACCCCGAAACUUGUAUCAUUUAAUUUUAUACAUUAAGUACGACAUAGCAGACACAGAUCAUGAGAUGACAACAGUACAAGUGUCACUUGCUUUAAAGUGUGUUGUGUUUUAUCUCCAGCUAAUGAUAUUAACCAUAUUAGAAUUUUUGGAGUAUAAGAAAUGUACAUUAUGUAUGGUAUUGUAUAUAGUGCAUGUACUGAGUUGGUUGAUUUUACAAAGAGAAAAGCUUGUGGGACAACUAGAAGCACUGAAUUUUUUUAAGCUUUAAGAAAUGUACAUACACUCCACUGUAGCUUAUGGAGAGGAAUUGUCUCAACAUUGUACAGCAUAUUAUUAUUAAAAGUUAACAUGAUAUGUAAUAGGAUGAUGAAUAAAGAAACUUAACAUAAAAUUAAGUAUGUGACAGAAAUAUGACCAUGACAUUGGAAACAUCUUCUGGUUUUUUAAGAACUGAAUAUAAAACUGUAAUUACUGUUGUUAAUCUUAGGUUUGCUGAGUUGCUUGACUUUGUCCAUCUUCUAGUAAUGUGAAAGAAUACAGUUUUCUGAAAACAUAAUGGUUGUUCUCACACGAAAAGGCGAGGAGGCACGUACUCAGUCGGGUCUGUUAGAGAGAGGUUGUCUGAAUCACUUGAAACAUCCAGUUUCUAAAACGUAAUUCUUUCCAAAGACUAAAUAAAGGACAAAGUCCAGAAAAUCACUAAUCCGAAGUGUGAUAUACUGACUGGAAUCUUAGAGAUGAACAUUGUUAACAUGUUAAUCAAAAUCAUUCAUAACAAGGAGGAGCAUUCAGAAUGCCAAGGUGCAAAAAACAGAUUUGGAAACUGUACUCCACUAUGAAUUUCUGGAUCUGUUUCAUGUUUUAUAGAAUGUGUAGUCAUUUAUCUCAGCAAGUGAAAGCUUAUGAUCUACUGUGUGUACCAAAGUUGUAACUCAAGGUUAAGCAAGUUAGAAUGUUCAUAUUUACUGAACUAAUUUACAUUUUACCUCCCUGGCUUUAUAUGAUUCUAAGUACCAUCACCCAUACCCCACAAGCAAGAUAUGCUAAGUUGCUACUGCCACUAUUUUACGUAAAGUUAAAGUUUGUUGAAGUUGUGAAUAAGCAUUGCAGCUAAGUCCACUUUAAAGCAAGUAAGCAAUUAAUCAUAUCUUCCACACCACCACAACUUUACCUUAUGCUGUCCUUUGGUACCGUCACUGCUGAAACCUGACCCUUCACUUCUCCUACUGGAUUGGCACAGCAGUAAAGCAAGUGUCAUGUAACUUUGAACAAGGCCAAGAGUAACCUUGAAUGUGCAGUUGUUUGCACAACUGGCCGCCUGUCACUUCUCACCCUCGAACC